AUGGCCAAAGAUGGCAUGCCUUGUGGGAGAAGAAAAUGCCUGGACGGCUGUGCCAAGAGUGCUCUGGCACUGUAUCUGUCCAGAAUGACGUCCAUCCGGAAGGAUGGCAAAGACCAUUGGCGAAGAAAGGUCAUGAAGCGGGUGAAGGAGGGUCCAAAGAGGCGACCCAUGCCCAGAAGUGCGGCGACAUCCAACGAUCCAACCGUCAUCGAAGAUGCGGGCUCUGAUGCGAAAUCUAGCGCAUGA